AGUGAGCUAUGAUGACAGAACUGCACUCUAGCCACUGGGGUGACAGAGUGACACUCUGAAAAACAAACAAACAGGGUGGUAAAGAAACAUAUUUCUCUGUGUAUCCAUUAUAGCUUUUGAUUCUUUAACAAUCUAAAUUUUAAGCAAAAGCCUAAAAUAAUGCAAAUUCAAGUCUCAAAAAUAAUCAGCACUUUGCGGUUGUCUUUAGUCUGUGUUGAAGAAUUAUUCUGUUACAAAAUGUAAGUAUCUUGUUAGAAAUGAUUUCUGUUGUUUGAAGUGUUCCAGGUGUCCACUCUUGCAAUGAAGCAGCAAGAAAAGCUCAUGCAACAGGACAGAGCAUUGCUAAACUUUACACAGUGGAAGAGAAACCCUGUCCUUCAGAUGAAUUAUUGCCAAACCUUGAUGCAAAAUUCUUUCAGCUCAGCCUGUAAUUGCAGCCCUUGUCCAGACAACUGGAUUCACAAUGGAGAAAGUUGUUACUAUGUAUUUGAACAAUGGCAAACGUGGCAUACCAGUAAAGAGAAAUGUUCAAAGGCGGGUUCCACACUUCUACAAAUAGGCAGCAAAGAAGAAAUGGAUUUUAUCACUGGCGGCUUGAAGAAGAUCAAAGGAAGCCAUCCUUACUGGGUGGGGCUGUCCCAGGGUGGACCCAGCAGCCCUUCCCUUUGGCAAGAUGGCUCUGCUCCUUCCCUUGACCUGUUGCAAAGAGAGAGAUUCCAAUCAACUGAUAAGGUUUGUGGAUACCUCAAAGACAAUUCCCUUUUAUCAGCUAACUGCAGCUCUUGGAAGUAUUUUAUCUGUGAGAAAUAUGCAUUAAGAUCCUCUACAUGAAAGAAAUGGUGCUCAAAGUGAUCUUUUACUAAUAUUUGGAACAGACCAUUGGAAAACUCGUCACAAAAAGCGGAAGAGCAAGUACAGAAGUAAAUCAAUGUGUGGACAAUGAAACUAGCUCCUUGGGACUCAAAUUUGCUUUUGCAUUUGCACUUGGGAAUAUUCUUCAAUACUUUCUCGAUUUCAUUUGACAUGGUUCAAAAUUCCAAGAAUAAAAUUGAUUUAGAGCUACUGAGGACAGAACCUUGAAGAGUUGAGAACAAACUGAAGGAAAUCACUUUUAUUUUUUUUCAGUCCAGAGUAAAUGUAAAUGCCACCCAGAAAUCUAUAAGUCACUGGCGGAGGUUGUGUGGUUCCAGCUGAUUGAUAUUUUUUUAAAUAAAUAAAUAAAUUGGGCUUUUUUUUUUUAGAAUAGCUUUUUAAAAUUUUUUUUAUUU